AUGAAUAACCAGGUGGUUGACAUGGACAUCGACGCUACUAGAAAGCAUAAUGCCGAAAAGGCGUUCGCCCAAUUCGAGGAAACUCGAAGAGAUGCAUGGGUACGACAGGGAGAGGAAACCGCGCAGUCGAUUUGGAGGGAGAAGACGACACAUCCGCUAUGGGAAACCAAGCAGGAAUAUAUCAAGGAAUGGAGACGGAGGAUGCUCAUCGCAAUGACCAGCAGGUACCACAACCUGGUCCUUCGAUGGAACAUCCGUACUCUACCCCAUCCGGAUAACCCCAAACGGACCAUCAGCGACGCGUCAUGUCGCCUGACGGAUGACGGGGAAACGGAGGCAUCAGUCAUUCUGCUUGAAUCGGAGCAGUGCUAG